CUCGAAACUCAUCCUGCGCCAACAGCGUCAAGGCUCGAUGGCGACUGCCCACUUCGUCGUCACUUUUCGAUCUGGCACGAACCGUGUGGACGAUGCAACGCCUGGCUUUCGUUGUCCUCGCCACAGCGGCAUCCAUUAUCUAUGGCCGCGAAUGCGACGCCACCGACUUCUAUCCUUACAACUCGCUGUGGGUGUCGUGCCGUAUCGCGGCCAACCUGCCUGCGAACCCCACGGGCACCGACAUGAUGAACGCGUGCAAGUACAGCGAGUGCGUCCAAUGGUACAAGAAAAUCGCGCUGCUCUCAUGCACGUUGGAUGGGUCGCCGACCACCCCGCUGGCAACCAUGUGCUCUGCUACGCCAACGCCCUCGACCACCUCCAAGCCCUCAACAACGUCCAAGCCCUCGACAUCAUCUCCGUCCACGACGACUCGCACGCCUUCCACGGGAGGGGAGCCGUGCACGGAUUCCGACUACGCGCCACUCAGUAGUAUGUUCAGGACGUGCCGCACGGACUCGGGCAUUGUGAACCUCACCAGGUCCAACCUCGCCGAGUACUGCUCGUACCCUUCGUGUGUCAAGUACACCCGCAGUUACGCCACCUUCACGUGCACGGAGGAUGGAGAUCCAGUGAGCAACUUUGCCACCGUGUGCGAUCCGUACGUGAAGGACCCGACGAGCACGACCAAACCAAAUUCGAUGGGAGGCGAGUGCACGACCAAGGACACUCCGUCGUCGUUCCCAAAGCAGCUCCAGUCGUGCCUGUACGUAGCUGGUCUCACCGCCGUUCCCACGUCGCUCUCCGGCCUCGUUGCAUUGUGCCAGUUCAGCGACUGCACGUCUGCCCUCAAGAUGUACGAUGGGUUGACGUGUACUGUGCAAGGACUGCCGGCGUCGGUCGUCGCAUCUGCUUGCAGUGGGGCGACGACUCCGAAACCCACGACAGAAGCUCCCACCACGACGACCCCCAAACCUGUCGUGAUUUCGAGCGCAUCGACUCUGGUCGGAUCAUUCGUUGUCGUGGCCGUUGCCGCCGCAUGGAUCGCCUAAGCGUCGGUGCAAUCCUAUGACGAUAAUAUUUUGUGCUUGACGAGGGAGUCUCGAUUUCGUUUCCCGGUUCUCGAAUUCGUCAUUUUCCGCGCCCAUGUCUGC